GGACCCUCCAGGAGGGGGACAGUCGGAGCAGCGCGGCUGAUCCUCCCUGGAGCGCGAGGAACCUGCUGCUCGCAGCCUCUCGGGGUCAGCGUCCGAGCGAGCAGCGAUGAUCCUUGAGGAGAGGCCAGAUGGCCAGGGCACUGGCGAGGACAGCUCUCUGCCGCAGGACGGCGGCAGCAUCCGCAAGGGCUAUGACUCCUUUGUGCAAAACCAGCCUGGCCAGCUGCAGAGUCACAGGGCUCGGCUCCACCAGCAGAUCAGCAAGGAGCUCCGGAUGCGGACGGGUGCUGAAAACCUCUACAGAGCCACCAGCAACACCUGGGUCCGAGAGACAGUCGCACUGGAGCUGAGCUACGUCAACUCCAACCUGCAGCUCCUGAAAGAGGAGCUGGCAGAGCUGAGCACCAGCGUAGAUGUGGACCAGCCAGAGGGCGAAGGGAUUACUAUUCCCAUGAUCCCCCUGGGCCUGAAGGAAACCAAGGAGUUGGACUGGGCCACACCGCUGAAGGAGCUGAUCUCUGAGCACUUUGGAGAGGAUGGUACCUCCUUUGAGACAGAGAUCCAGGAACUAGAAGACCUACGGCAGGCCACGAGGACUCCCAGCAGAGACGAGGCGGGCCUGGAUCUGCUCGCAGCCUACUAUAGCCAGCUCUGUUUCCUGGACGCACGUUUCUUCAGUCCCUCCAGGAGCCCAGGGCUGCUCUUCCACUGGUACGACUCGCUCACGGGGGUCCCGGCACAGCAGCGGGCUCUGGCCUUCGAGAAGGGCAGUGUACUGUUUAACAUUGGGGCACUCCACACGCAGAUCGGAGCACGGCAGGAUUGCUCCUGCACCGAGGGCACCAACCACGCUGCUGAGGCUUUCCAGAGGGCUGCUGGGGCCUUCAGACUCCUGAGGGAGAACUUCUCCCACGCGCCAAGCCCAGACAUGAGUGCUGCCUCUCUCUCCAUGCUGGAGCAGCUCAUGAUUGCCCAGGCACAGGAAUGCAUCUUCAAGGGCCUUUUACUGCCAGCCUCUGCCACACCUGACAUCUGUCCAGAUCAACUGCAGCUCGCCCAGGAAGCUGCCCAGGUGGCAACUGAAUAUGGGCUUGUGCACCGGGUCAUGGCCCAGCCACCUGUCCGAGACUACCUGCCUGCCUCCUGGACUAACCUGGCGCACGUCAAGGCUGAGCACUUCUGCGCCCUGGCCCACUAUCACGCAGCCAUGGCCCUCUGCGAAAGCCACCCAGCAGCCAAGGGUGAACUCGCAAGGCAGGAGCACGUCUUCCAGCCCUCCACUCCCCAUGAGCCCCUGGGCCCCACACUGCCGCAGCACCCAGAAGACCGCAGGAAGCUUGCCAAGGCCCACCUGAAGCGUGCCAUCCUGGGCCAGGAGGAGGCGCUGCGGCUUCACACCUUGUGCAGAGUCCUGCGCAAGGUGGACCUGCUGCAGGUUGUGGUGACUCAGGCACUGCGGCGCUCCCUGGCCAAGUACUCACAGCUCGAGCGCGAGGAUGACUUCUUCGAGGCUACGGAGGCCCCGGACAUCCAACCCAAGACUCACCAGACCCCAGAGGUGAGGAUGCCUAGCCUGUCGCAGGUGAAGGUGACUGACUUCUUCCAUCGGCUGGGACCCUUGUCCGUGUUUUCAACGAAGAACCGAUGGCAGUUGGUAGGGCCGGUGCACAUGACUCGAGGAGAGGGAGGCUUCGGGUUCACGCUGCGCGGAGACUCUCCGGUCCUCAUCGCUGCUGUCGUCCCUGGGGGUCAGGCUGAGUCCGCUGGCCUGAAGGAGGGUGACUACAUCGUGUCUGUGAACGGGCAGCCAUGCAAGUGGUGGAAGCACCUGGAGGUGGUGACGCAGCUGAGGAGCAUGGGCGAGGAAGGCGUGAGCCUGCAGGUCGUGUCCUUGCUGCCCAGCCCUGAGCCACGUGGCACAGGACCCCGACGGGCAGCACUGCUGUGGAACCAGAGAGAGUGUGGUUUUGAGACACCGAUGCCCACACGUACCCGCCCCUGGCCCAUCCUUGGCUGGAGCCGCAAGAAUAAACAAGGCAAGACUGGAAGCCACCCUGACCCCUGCACCAACAGGAACUGUGUCACCUGCCCCUGAGCUGGACACCCCGUAUCCCUGUGUGCUCAGGAUGGCUGUGGGGGCCAUACUCCUAUGUACAUCACCCUGGAACCAGCUCCAACUAGCCAGGUGUGCCUAGUGGGGUCUGUCCUCUACUCUUGGGGACUAUCAGGCUGCCCCCAUCUUGCUUAGAGAUGUCUAUUAAAAAUGCUGGUCAGAUGAGGUGAGUCUGAGUCAGGUACUGAAGCCCCGAUCACUUUACCCCACCAGAGAGAUGUCUCGGUGUAGUCCAGAUGUAGUGUCCCUCUGCAGAGGGCAGCAGAGCUGGGGCCAUCCUCCCGCAGCAGGCCCCUUGGCCCCUGCCAUGCCUCAUCUACUCUGCGGAUGCCUGGCUCUAUCCUCACAUCCAGUUGCUCUGGGCAUGUACCCUGACGGGCUCCACCCUGAUUCUGCCUGGUUCCUAGUAGCCCUUCUGGUCACCAGCCUCCCUUGCUGGUUAGUCAGCUCUUCUGUGUGUAAGAUCUCAGCAAAGACAUUUUUAUCUCCAGUCCCUUCAUGCUUCCCCAACUUUCAGACCAUCCUGUUGCCCAUUCUACCUGCUCCCACGCAGGUCCUGACAGGUUCCCCAGAAGGGUGGGCUCAGGACCCGGACUCCAGAGGGACAGGGUGGGGGCGCCACAUGAAACGCAGUCCUGAGCUAUGCAUGGCUGAAGCCAUGAAGAUGCUCUCCCUCAAAGGUUCCGCAUGGAAACAGAAAGGCUGUAUGUAUCUCCGUAGUAGAGAAUGCAAGAAACCCUGGCCUCAGUCCCCGAACUACAAAGAAAACAAAUUAGAUGGAGAACUUGCUCUCUGCAACCACCAGGGGGCGGCUGUCACCCAUUCAUGCAGCCCAAGGAGGCUGCAGCUCUUCCAACCCCCAGGAUUCUAAGAACCUGAGAACAGCCCAGGAAAGAGAAGCAAGCGGCCAGGCCAGCUCCGUAGUCAGCAACCCACCCACGCCCUUUCAUCCUCAAACCCCUGCCCAGGGACUCCCAGGAGAAAGCACCCAAGUCCAUGCUCCAGGUCUGCCUACACAGUCCAGGGCUCUGCCGGCCAUCACCCUGGCCAGACAUCCGCGUCCAGGGCCAGCCGGUGAGUGGAGUGAGUCCUGAAGAUGCAGCCUUCUUCUGAAAUAGGAGAGGCACCCACCCAGGGGAUCCACUCACCUGCCCUUCCAGGACAAUCUCCAGCUCAGCAGAAUGGGCAAGGCUGCUCAGGCUCUGCAAAACUUGCUAAUUUUAUUAAUAAAACUGUGUGUCAAGGAAGCC